AUCGCGAGGUUAGCCAGUCGGCGUGAAUGUGGCUGCUACUUUCCGCGGGCAGGAAGGACCUAACUCAGCACACUCUCCUGCAAGUGUGCUGAAGACUAUGCAAAGGUUGUACUUAGAACUAAAUUAAAUUUACUUAAUCUCUACCCAACAUCGUUUUAGACGUAGAUCAAAGUUUUAUUUAUACCCCGAAGGGUCUGGAAUAUAUGGACGCUAACGUUAGCUCGCUAGUUAAGAGACAUUUCAGUGAAAAUCGUCCGUAUUUCCCCUGAAAGAAACAAAAUGUCCGCGGAGCACAGAGCAAGCUGGAUACUGACAGGCACCGUGGUCGCUUGUGUCGCCGCUCUGUAUGUGCCCUGUGUGCAGAGGACGGUCCCCGGUGGAGACUCAGGAGAGCUGAUCACCACUGCUUGUGAGCUGGGGGUGGCCCAUCCUCCAGGAUACCCACUCUUCACUCUACUGGCUCACAUGGCUAUGCGUCUGCUGCCCUCACUCUCUCCAGCCCACAGCGUUAACCUGAUGAGUAGCCUCCUGGGGGCUGCAGCUUGUGGUGGCUUCUGCAUUACUGUCUGCAGGUUGGCAGGUCCUGGUCCUGGAGCAGUGCUGGCUGGUGGGCUGUUCGCUGUGUCCAGACUCAGCUGGCAGUGGUCCAUGGUGGCAGAGGUCUUCACCCUCAAUAACCUUUUUAUUGGCCUUCUCUUCUUCUUGACCGCCAGCUUCCGCUGUGCUGAAAAUGCCACGCAGAGGAAGAAGAUUGCACACUGGGGGGCAUUAUGCUGUGGCUUGGGGCUCUGUAACCAGCACACACUGGUGCUGUAUGUGUUGGUCAUCAUUCCUUGGGUCCUUUACCGACUGUGCUCUCAAAAGGAGCUGUCUUUGCGUGGCCUUGUAUCUCUGGGAUUCUGUUUCCUCGCUGGCUUCCUGCCGUACAUCUACCUGCCGAUUUCAUCCUACCUCAACACAGCCCGCUGGAGCUGGGGUGACCAGACCACCCUGUCGGGUCUGUUGACCCACCUGCUGCGAGCUGAAUAUGGCACAUUCUGUCUGGCAAAGACAGAAAGCUCGGUUAACCUGACCACAAUGCUGCAGGCUCAGUUGGACCACUCCCUGGCAGAACUUUCACUUCCUGUCUUGGUACUGGCAGGAAUGGGCUUUGCGCUCUCCUCAUUGGACAGGAGGUGUCGCUCAGUGUCCUGGCUGUUAACUGUCAUGCUGGUGGUCUACUCGCUGUUUUUUGCAUGGAGAGCCAACCUGGACAUUAGCAGACCCUUACUGCUCGGAGUGGUUGAGCGUUUCUGGCUCCAGAGCGAUGCUGCAGUGUGUGUGCUGGCAGGCCUCGGCUUGAGCUGGACUCUAGCUGGGCUGGAGAGGAGGCUGGGCUAUGGGGGGUUGUGGAAGACCACAGGCUGGGUCUUCACUGCAGCUCUGCUGGCACAUAUGGUGCACACCAAUCACAGGGAGUGUGAUCAGAGUGGGAACACUGUGGUGGAGAGGUUUGGCAGGGAGCUUCUGGCCUCCUUCUCCAAAGACUCAAUCAUCCUGACCAGAGGAGAUCUGCCUGGAAAUUCUCUGCGAUACCUGCACUACUGCCAGGGCGUACGGCCUGAUGUACGCCUGGUUGAUCAGGAGAUGAUGACAUAUGCUUGGUAUGUGGCCAAGCUGGCACAGCACCACCCUGGGAUCCACUUUCCCGGCCGCUGGUGGGACCCGGUCAACCCCGAGGAGAAAGGCACCUUCAGUCUCGAUCAAUUUCUGUCCCGCAACACGCAGAGGGAUGUGUUUGCCUGCAUCGGGCUUCCUGAUGGAGACCUGAGCUGGGAACACAGUUAUUCCCGCUGGCCCCUGGGUGUGUGUGACUACUUAGCGCCCGUUCAGAAGCAGUUUCACCCUGAAGAGUGGGCUCAUCGUACACGCAAUAUCUAUAACUGGAGUGAUCCACACAACAGUUUCCAUCCUGCAUCCUGGGAGCGUGUUGCUAAUGAAGAGAUGUGGCAAGCCAGGAUGAAGACGGCUUUCUUUCUGUUUGACCUGGCUGAAAGGAUGCAGGGAGAGGGGAAAGCUCGCCUCUUUGAGCUGUCUUACACUCUAUAUAAGGAGAUUGUUGAGGCCCACUCCGACUAUCCUCCAAACUGGGACAAGAACCUGGCUCUGGCUUGCGAGAGGCUGCUCCGCUCCGGUCACAGGGGUUACAGUGCAGACAGCCUACUGACCUGCAGUGUCCAGCACUUCAGUCUUUACUUAGAGAAGGAUCCCACUGAUCCCCAGGCACCCGCCAUCCGCUCAGCCAUUACUCACCUGCUCCAAGAGAGAGACAGAUUCCGACAGAGCCGGAGGCAAACCCCAUAAGAUCCACGGAGCUGGAACAAUGGAAAUUAUGGCUGAGCCAAUGUGCCUCUUUGUGUGGUUUUAAGGUGACGCUCUAUGUGGAUCAAGACUGGUGCACUGGUGUUAAGUUUGGCUAAAUGUACUGUGCCAAAUUGGACUUGUAUGUCAGAAUUUGAAAUGAAGGGAAAUGCUGGUGGAUAAGUUCUUGUUUGAAGUUACCAAACAGAGCUAACACUGUGCUACGUCUCAUUUGAUGAAUGUUUACAGUUGACCAGCGGCAGGGCAUGACUUUAGGAAGCCCUGCCUGACCUCAAUCAAGCUCUGCACGCUUCUCUUAAAGUCACCCAUUCAAUUGCUUUAUCGUUACAUCUCGUUCCCCCCCCCCUUUUUUUUUUUCCUAUUCUGCUCUCAGAGCUUUUAACGUGCUGAUUAUUCUGCCUCAGCCUCUGCUCUACUUCUUUUUCUCACAUUAGGAUGGCAAGACCGAGAUUGAGGGAAACCCAAUUUGGGGGCAGAAAUGGGGGAUUAGAGCGGCUGUUUAAUCUAGGACAGACUUGUGCUGUGCCACGCAGCCUCACUCCACAUCAGUGGCAGCCCUACACACCCACCCACCCUUCUAUCCUUCCAUCAGUCUAUCUUAGAUGGUCCUUUAAAUGUUUAAAACUAAUGGAUUCGAUGAGUGCUUUUUUACCCCCCCCCCUCUCUCUCUUCCUUCCUAACAUGAGGGCGGUAAUCCCUCUUGGAUUUAAAUGAAAUGUGAAAUGUCACAAUGCCAGGGACCCUUUUAGAGGUGCGUUCGUGCGUGUGCCCAUGUGGGCAUCUAUGUUGAUUUGGGUCUGCAUGUGUGUGAGAACAUGCUUAAAUCUCCACUCAGCCCCCUCUCCUUGCCAGAAUUGCUCAUAAACCUAUUCGAUAAACAGAUCGGCACACUGAAAAGCAAAAUGCUUUGAUCAUUAGAGAGACACAAAGUCAUGGAAAGUUCACGGACAAACGCAGAUACGCAAGAUUUUCAAUACUCGACUCACAGAAAAAUGGAAUCUCAGGUCUGUGAAUGUCGGGAAGAGGUGCCGUCAAACUUAGUCUGACUGGACCGGGGUUGUUUGAAGAACACCCCUGAAGUACGCCCUUGUAUCUGACGCAUCAGUUACACACUGUUUUUAAAAAUGUUAGUGUUGAUGUUAAUGAACCUCGUGCCAUGAAAUUUGUUGUGCAGAGGUCAAAUCAGCAUUUUGCCAUAAGCUUUAUAAAACGUUUCCGAAGAAGCCUGCUGUUUGAGAUACCAGCGGAAAGCGAGGGACAGUGAGUGCAUGUGCAGUUUUCUCCGAAUGUAAUCUGCCCUCUGUGUUCGCAGGCCUGGUUAGCGGCUGUCAGCUGGCUGGAUGAUGAGGUUCGACCUGCUGUAGCGCAGAUGGUUUGGUUUCACAUAAAAACAAGGGGGAAACUGUCAUUCUGCUUUCUACAGAUUAAAAUAUUUCAAUAAAGA